GGCGCUCGUCCUUGUCAAACCUGCCUCGGGUGGCUGACAGGAGUAGUAACGGCGGAGGUACAGGAGCGCGGGUGAUGUCUGUCACAUGAAUUAGGAGGGCGGCUGUCUUUCUAAGCUGUAAAGGGACUAGCACCGCUCAUAACCAGACCCAUCUCCUGUCAGCACCCCCCCCCCCCUCCCCUCACGGUUCGGGGCUCCGCGGCGCUGAUGGUAACGUAGCCGCGGGGAGCUAACGGCUAGCUUACGUUACUUAACCUGGCUGCACCAGUUGGUUAAACAGAAGAGGCAAAGUUAAGCGCAACAAGAGUCAGAGAUCAGAUCAGAAGAACCGUCCGAGCUGGAGUGAGCUUAGCGAGCGCUCACCUUUGGGUGGUACUUGCACCCCCGCCCUCCCUGUGAGUGGAGUGCAUGAGCGUGCUCGGUGAGUCCACGGGGAUGGGAAGUGGAGUCCAGGAACAGCGGACUGCCCCACUGGCGCAGGGAGAGGUGCUGCCGAUCUCUUCCUCCGGUCAGUCCGAAGCAAGCUAUGAGGACAUCAAGCAAACCCGAUCUAUCCUCAACUCGCUUUUCUCGGGGGCUUUAGCCGGAGCCGUGGCCAAGACCGCCGUGGCCCCGCUGGACAGAACUAAAAUCAUCUUCCAAGUGUCCUCAGCAAGAUUCUCUGCCAAGGAAGCUUAUAAGCUGAUCUACCGCACCUACCUGAAGGAUGGCCUCUUCAGUUUAUGGAGGGGGAACUCUGCUACGAUGGUGCGCGUCAUCCCGUACGCGGCCAUCCAGUUCUGUGCACACGAGCAGUACAAAAGGCUGCUGGGAGAAUAUUAUGGCUUUCAGGGAGGAGUGCUCCCUCCAGUCCCCAGGUUGGUGGCUGGGUCAAUGGCCGGGACCACAGCAGCCAUGGUGACCUAUCCUCUAGACAUGGUGAGGGCCAGAAUGGCCGUAACACCCAAGGAAAUGUACAGCAACAUCGUGCAUGUUUUUGUGCGGAUCUCUCGAGAAGAAGGCUUGAAGACGGUGUAUCGAGGUUUCUCUCCCACCAUCCUUGGUGUCGUCCCCUAUGCUGGUCUCAGCUUCUUUACUUAUGAAACACUAAAGAAGCUGCAUGCAGAGCACAGCGGCCGCUCCCAGCCUUACUCCUACGAACGGCUGGCUUUCGGAGCCUGCGCCGGCCUGGUCAGCCAGUCGGCGUCCUACCCUCUGGAUGUGGUGAGGCGGCGCAUGCAGACUGCGGGGGUGACGGGUCACACCUACGGCACCAUCCUGGGCACCAUAAAGGACAUCGUGUCCGAGGAGGGCGUCGUCCGGGGACUCUUCAAGGGUCUCAGCAUGAACUGGGUCAAAGGACCCUUAGCUGUGGGCAUCAGCUUCACCACCUUUGACCUCACACAGAUUCUCCUGAGGAAGCUGCACCAAAUGGGUUAUACCCAGUAGCACCAGAGCCCCGGAAAGCACGGUGACGAGAGCGGAGGGACAUCAUGCCACCAAGCUGUCUGACGCGAGCCGGGAGAGGAACCCGAGAGACUGUAGAUUGGUGGGAAGUAACAAGCGCACAGUGGCUAACAACGGGUUGUUAGGAUGGAAAGUAAGGCGAAUGUGCCCACUGAGACCUGUUGUCGAGUGCAAUAUGAUCAGUUCAUUGUAAAGCUCCAGCCCUGUGGAGCCCUGUGGAGACCGGGUAUUGGCGUUAUGCCCACAGAGCUCUCCCGUUGAGGUUUAGCAAUUAAA